AAUAGUGAACAAAUAUUGAGAAAAGCAAACAAAGAACUCAAGGACGAAGUAGCAGAGCUUAAAGUGAAGCUAGAAAAGGUUUUGAAAGAGUUAAGUGAACAAACUGAAGAAUGCAAACUAAAUGUCGGUAAUGGCGUCGAAGUGUUGUCACCAGACAAAACCAAAUCAGUGGAGUUUGUUUUGGACCGGAACGAUGAUUUGAUUGCUUUCAAAGUAAGUGCCAGUAAAGAGCUUUAAGAAAUUAGGGCAAGACUCGAUAAUAUAUCUGAGACCUGCGACCGCAUCCAGAAAUCGCUAGAUGUUUUUGAACUGUACAGCUAACAAUUCAACAUCAAGAUAGUCGGAAUGCCAAAGGUUGCUGAACGUGAACACCCUGAGCAAACUGCAAAUCUAUGCCUACAGUUAUUUUCAGCCUUGGGAGUAAAGGGAGUGUUGAUCCAGGAUAUUGAUACGGCCCACCGAGUGCCAUCUAUGAAGCCGUCAAAUCGACCCAAGGCAAUCGUUUGUAAGUUUGUACGAAGGCUAGCUAAAGACCAAGUAAUGGCAGCCAGGAAGAAAGUUGGUGGCCUCAAGGCCAAAGAACUUGGAUUUGCAGCUGAUAUCAAUGUCAAGUAUCUUAAUAUCUAUGAUCACUUAAUGCCACGGUUACAAGCCUUAUAUCAUGAAGCAAAGAAGUCAAAGAGGCUAAGAAGUACAAAUUUUGUCGGGCAAAAAAUGGCCUUGUGUAUCUUCGCAAGGCUGAAGAAUCCACAAUUUACAAAUUCGCUGACCUUUCUGAGCUUAACAAGAAAUUUAGCACGGCCUCAGAAGCUGGAGUGAACGAUCACCUACAGAGCUAAGUAUUCAAGUACUUUUUAUAUUCUAUCAUUACGAAGUAAUCAAGUUUGACUAUUGACAUGCCUACAAAGACCAUUGCUAAGCAACAACAGAAGUUCAAUAAAUCUCUGUUAAAAGAUUUACCGUACUUUAAUUUCAGAGGUAACUUAGUCCUUGCCCAUGGCCAAUUUAAUAAUUCACUUAAUAGUGAGCUCCCGACUAAACAAGAUCUAGAUAAACUCCAUAGUUUAUAUGAUCUGGAUUUGUUUAAUUUGAAUAUGGCCUUUGAUACCAACCAAACUGAUAAUGAUGCUUUAAUGAGCCAAUGUAUUAGAAGCUGAUAUUUUUCUCCACACAGUCUUAAGCAGUUUACUAAUAAUCUUCCGCAGGAUCAAAUUGAAUCUAGUCUCUCAAUUUUUCACAAUAAUAUUAGAAGCCUUAAUCAUAACCUCGAAAAUCUAGUGACUCAUUAUUUACAAGAAUUAAGUAUUCACUUCAAUAUAAUAGGUGUCACGGAAACUAAAAUCACCAAUUCUAAUGAGAAUACAGGCCUUUCAAACAUACCCGGUUACGUUUUUGAACUCGUUCCAACACCUCUAGCAUGUGGUGGUGUAGGCCUCUUUGUCGAUGAAACACUUAGUUAUUCAGUUUUAGAAAAAACUUAG